GGCCGCCCGGCAGGAGACACACACAUAGCGAGAGCUGCUGCAUUGCAAACACACGCGCGCACACACACACGGGCGCGCGCGCUUUCUCCAGCGGUGUUUAGCCCGGGGUCGCGGAGGACAGGCUGGGGGGCCGGAUGUCCUGAGGUGCUGAUAUGGCUCAGACGCUGCAGAUGGCGAUCCCCAACUUUGGCAACAAUGUCCUGGAGUGCCUAAAUGAGCAGCGGCUGCAGGGGCUCUACUGCGACAUCUCUGUAGUGGUCAAGGGGCACACAUUUAAGGCACAUCGCUCUGUCCUGGCUGCAAGCAGUUCGUACUUCCGUGACCUCUUCAACUCCGGUACAAAAAGCUCAGUGGUGGAGCUGCCACCUGCUGUGCAGCCGCAAAGCUUCCAGCAGAUCCUUGCCUUCUGCUACACAGGGCGGCUCAGCAUGAAUGUGGGUGAUCAGUUCCUGCUCAUGUACACCGCCGGCUUCCUGCAGAUCCAGCAGAUCAUGGAGAAGGGUACCGAGUUCUUCCUGAAGGUCAGCUCACCCAGCUGUGACUCGCAGGGUCUGCACACUGAGGAGGCACCACCCUCUGAACCCCAGAGCCCUGUUGGUGGAGUUAUGGGUGGGGGUAUAGUCGCCACAGCAGCGGGGCGCCCAGCCUCCUGCCUCACACCGCUCUCACUGGUGUCGAGGGUGAAGACAGAACAGCCACAACCACAACUGCAACCUCAGCAUCAGCAGCAUCAGGAAACUUCCCCGUAUUCGGUGGUCUGCACACCAGUUGCAAAACGGCUUUGGGAGGGGGGCAGUCGAGAAGGGGGUGGGGGGGCAGCGGGAGGAGGAGGUGGAGGAGCAGGGAUGAGGAAGACCCCACGUUUUUCACAGGAACCAGCACGAGGGCUCAAUGCCAUACCUUCUCAGGGUGCAGCGAUGUUGGGUGGGGGAUCAACUGCAAAUGGCAACAACAACAACAAUAACAACAACAGCAGCUGCAGUGGUGCUGGUGGUGGGGGCAGCGGUGGGGGCACUCCAGAGGGCACUAGCCCAGGCACUCUGAGCAUGUACACCAGUGACUCGCCUGUCUCCUACCACGAUGACGAGGAAGAGGAGGAGCUGACAGACGAGACGGCCGAAGAGCAGUACAGGCAGAUCUGCAACAUGUACCAAAUGUACAGCAUGAUGAAUGUGGGGGCCACAGCUGGAGAGCGGGUAGACUCCCUGCCAGAACACCUGACUGUAGAGUCCAGGGGUAGAGGGGUCCGGGUGCGUCCAGAACUUGCCUCUUUGCCAACGGAGCUCAUAGCCCAGAUCGGGAACCGCUGCCAUACCCGACUGUACGAGGAGGGGGAACCGUCAGAGAAACUGGAGCUGGUGACUGGAACCAGUGUCUUUAUCUCCCGCGCUCAGCUUAUGAACUGCCAUGUUAGCGCCGGAACACGACACAAGGUUCUACUGCGCCGCCUGCUGGCUGCCUUCUUUGACCGGAGUACUUUAGCAAACAGCUGUGGGACAGGGAUUCGCUCGUCCACCAACGACCCCAACCGCAAACCUUUGGACAACCGAGUUCUACAUGCAGUCAAGUUUUACUGUCAGAACUUUGCUCCGAGCUUUAAGGAGAGUGAGAUGAAUGCGAUAGCGGCAGACAUGUGCACUAACGCCCGGCGCGUGGUCAGGAAGAGCUGGAUCCCAAAGCUGAAGCUGCUGAUGGCCGAGAGCGACGCCUACGCUACUCUUUUCCCCGACGCUAACAAGCCGGAGGCCGAUGCCCUGGGGGCGGAGCCUGCGUUUGACACGACCAUUAUGGAGAGUGGGCCAUGCUCUGAGGGCACCCAGUCGUCUGAGGCUUUGCAGCAGGGGGUAGGCGGAGACAGUGGAAGUUUGUUUUACGACCUCUAGGCCCUUCAGGGGUCACAACACUACAGCUCUACUCUCAGCUCUAAAACCUAUUCUACACUCAGCUCUAUCAGUGCCCUGCCCACUGGAGACACACUCACACACUCAGAGACACUCCCAGGUGGAGGGUGUGUGUAUCUACCUCCCUCCUCCGGCCUCAGCCACGCCCCUCCAGCCCUGCAGAUCCAGACAGCAGGUCAGCAUCCAGCAGAGAAUUCCCCCUGAUGUUUUCAAAAUAGAUGAGUCUGCUCCUUAUUCAAAUUUUCCGUUCCACUUUAAAUAGUGCAGCAGUGAUAUUUAGUUACUUUGGUUAACAGAAUAUUAGACAUUUCCUGAGUGUUGCCAUUUUUAAGAUGGAAUGGAAUGUUUUUGAUGCAGCUUUAGGAGACCGACUGUAACUCUUCAAUUUAAGCUGGCAAGAAGACGUUCAUUAUAAGAAACAGAGCAGCCAGUGUUGUACAAAUAAGACUUUGGGGCCAGAAUAUAGAAUUAUGAAUAUGGUAGAUUAUUACCUCAAAGUAGAGCUGGAGGAUUAUUAGCAUGGUGAUGCACUGUAAAAAAAAAUAAGUCAGGCCAACUUGAAGUAAUACACUCAUUGACAAAAAAAAAAAUGCAUGGAGGCCGAUGCUGGUGUAAUGAUCUACGGAACCAUCCCAUAUGACAGUCUGUCACCCCUAGUAGUGAUAACACUAACAGUAAGGUGCCAUGUCUCCACCAGAUUGCAACACCUACUUGUCCUGCCCACUGACCAGAAUAAUCACCAGUCAAGCAUUCAUAGGACAAGCUGGUGGCAACCUACAAUCUGUACAGAACCUGUAUGUCUCCAUGUUCAACCAUAUCUUAUCUUAUCUUGUAUUCACACUUGAUGUGACCCACAGGGUACUACAGUCUCCGUUCAGUUGUACAGUUUUUCCCAAUAAACCUAUACGUUCACUUGA